CAGUUUUCUAGAUCGCCAGGAUGAAUCCCCAGCAGCGGAUUGCCGCUCUCGGAACUGAUAAGGAACUGAGUGACCUGCUGGAUUUUAGUGCGAUGUUCUCUCCACCUGUCGGCGGAGGGAAAAAUAGGCCCACCACACUUGGAAGCAGUCAGUUCAGUACAUCAGGUAUGGAUGAGCGGACCAACCAAGCGUCUUGGGCCCCAGGUGGCGAGUCCAGUCCUUCCUAUGAGUCCUCCCAGGGUUUUGCAGACAGCCCUCAUUACGGCGAUCAUAUGAGUGACAGCCGAUUAGUGUCCCAUGCAGAACUGUCCCCAACACCUUUUAUGAACUCAAACAUAAUUGGUAAAUCAGAUAGGGCUUCGUUUCUUGGCUAUGGGAGGGACCCUGGAGCAUCUGGUUGCCAGGCAUCUCUUAGGCCAGAUGUCAGGUUGACAAGUCCCAAUUCUGUGCCUACAUCAGGGAAAUCCACUGCUCCAUUUUACUCCUUCAACGCAGCCAAUCCCAGAAGACGUUCUCUACAAGAUGCUCCACCAAUAGAUCCACUACAAACAAAAAAGGUUCGCAAGGUCCCUCCUGGCCUGCCUUCAUCUGUGUACGCACCGUCUCCAAACUCAGAGGACUUCAACAGAGAUUCCCCCUCUUACUCCUCGCCUAAACCUUCCAGCAGUAUGUUUGCAAGCACUUUCUUCGAUGGUACCCACAGUUCGUCCGACCCAUGGAAUUCAUCCAGCGGGAUCAGUCAGCCCGGCUACGGGGGAAUGCUGGCCGGAUCUUCAUCUCACAUGGCCCAGACGGGAAACUACAGCAGCCUGCACUCACAUGAGCGUUUGAAUUACCCGGCACACUCAGUCUCUCCUGAGAUCAACCCUAGUCUUCCUCCCAUGUCCAGCUUCCACAGAAGCAACACCAGCACUUCACCGUUCGUCAACGCAGCACACACUUCAUCCGUCAACUCAGCCGAUGGGGUUAUGGUCGCUGCAAAUAGGGGGACGACUACUGGAAGCUCGCAGACUGGAGAUGCGCUGGGCAAGGCUUUGGCCUCGAUUUACUCACCUGACCACACUACCAGUAGUUUCCCGUCCAAUCCGUCCACGCCUGUGGGUUCUCCUUCACCUUUGACGGCCACAGCAGGAGCUGCCUCAGCGGGGGCUGUUGUGACCGCUGCAGGAACCCCAUCUGGAAGGCCAGGUGCCAACCAGUGGCCCCGUGCAGGUGGACAGACUCCCUCUUCUCCAAGUUACGAGAACUCCCUCCACUCACUGAAAAACAGAGUUCAUCAGCAGUUACAUGAGCAUCUCCAGGAUGCCAUGUCUUUCUUAAAGGAUGUCUGCGAGUCUCGAAUGGAAGAUCGCCUGGAUAGAUUGGAUGAUGCAAUCCUUGUUUUGAGGAACCAUGCAGUGGGCUCCACCACCAGUCUGCCCAGCGACAUACAUAGCCUGCUUGGACAGGCACAAAAUGGGCCAAUAACAGCCAUCGGACCAAACUUUCCCACCUCUGCACUAGUUCCAAGUCGGACUGCAACAAUGCAGGGUGGUGACGACGCUGCAAGCCUGAGCAACAGCCACGGAGGCCUGCCCAGCACCGGCUCCACCUCCAGCUCAGAACUUAACCAUCAAGUGGAGGCAUUCAGAGGUCUUAUUUCAGGGUUGUGUGGUCAAAUCCCUGCUACCCUGGAACUAAAGAUUGAGAAACAGGAAAAGGAUGAUAUGCACGAUAGCCUCUCUGAUAAUAAAUCGGAUGAUGAGAGUGACCAAAGAGAUAUGAAGACGCCCAGAGCAGGCCAACGCACAAGCAUCACCGAAGACGAGGACCUAAAUCCAGAGCAGAAGGCUGAGCGAGAGCGUGAGAGGAGGAUGGCAAACAACGCCCGGGAGCGCCUGAGGGUCCGAGACAUCAACGAGGCCUUCAAGGAGCUGGGCCGCAUGUGCCAGCUGCACUUGAAAAGCGAGAAGCCCCAGACUAAACUACUCAUCCUCCAUCAGGCUGUGGCCGUCAUUCUUAGCUUAGAGCAGCAAGUCAGAGAGCGAAAUCUGAACCCCAAAGCAGCCUGCCUUAAGAGACGAGAGGAGGAGAAGGUGUCUGGGAGUUCCAGUGACGCCCAGCAGGGGCACACAGGAGUCCAUCCAGGCCUGACCGACUCAUCCAACCCCAUGGGACACCUCUGAGCAGGAGACAGAUUGAUGCGAUGCAGAUCAUUUCUGCGCUGUGUGAGCUGGAGACCCUGCAUCCCAGUGACAGACUGCACUCAUGGUUUGCCACACCAGUUACAGGAGACAGACCACUUGAAGCGAAACUAAACGAGUCUAACACGAUCAAGCCCUCCGAUUAAAGAGAGCCAAGCGUCCAGCUCCAUCCGACCAGUUUCCAUCUGCAAAUUUCUCCCCGCAAAGAAAAGCUAAAAUCCACAGCACAUAUCAGUGUCUGCAAGAAGAACGUGUUGCUCCUGAACAAUCAGAGACUACGCAAUCUCCUCCGGCCGUAUGUGGAAAUUGCCUUGUGCCUAAACUGAAUUGACGAAUGCAUUGUAAUAGCUGUUUUGUUUUGUUUUUGUGUUUCUUUUUUUUCUAUUUAUUAUGUUAAUGAGCUAUAAGGUGUAUGCCUAACGGGAAAGUUUGGUAAAAUCACAGAGAAGCAUGCGGCUUUUCAGUCGAUCUAUAGUUUGCCUGUGUCACCGUUAAAACAGAGCACUGCACCCUGUUCAAGUCUUUGGCAAGUCCAAGAGGAGGGGAAAACAUUUGGGCACUGAGAAGAUUGAGAUUUAUUUAUUGGCCAGUUUCAACUAAUAUUUAUUCCCCUGAAAUAAAAAAUCUUAGCUUUUAGAUGCAAUCAACAGAAUUGUCCAAUGCUUUUUUUUUUUUAAAGAAGAUUUAUUAUUUAUAUUUAUUUGUUGUUUGCCACUGACCACAUGGGAAACCAAAACUACCUAAUGUGUAUUUUUCUGUAGUUUAGAAGACUGAGAAACGCUGAUUCAGGCCCAGCUACACUAACGCCCCAAAGGUGACAGUCAAUUGGCCAACUGUAGUUUUACUGAAAGCUCAGAUGUAGUUUUAUUUUUGUUUUUCCCUCCGUAGAAACAUCAAAAGCAAACUGUUUAGCAUUCCCUGCAUAUUUAGUGUCUUAACUAAAAGAAAAACGGGACCUCACUGCCCUGUUGUCCCUUUGCCAUAUAGUGUUAAACACAAGCAGCUCACUGGUUUUACAGAUUCCUGUCAGCAGUUACCCUCCUGAUCCUUAGCAUCCUGAUCAGUAUAUUUUCUAUUAGUGUUUGUUGUUUUGUUGCCACCAGCGAAUCAAAAUGCCUAAUGAGAUGUAGUGAAAAGGUAAAAGUAAAAAAAAAGAAAACGACGACCAUGCUUUCUCCUGGCCCGAUAAACAUUUCAGUUUUCUUUCUGUUAAUAUUUUAAGACAUUAAACUUCCAGCUCAGUUAUUUGGAGUUAUGCUUAUUUUUGUUGUACAGAAGUCCGUUCUUCAUUUUGACUUCCAGCAUUAUGACGUCCAGUCUCAAUCAGCGGAGAGAGCAUCUAGGUUAUUCCUCAGUCAUGUUUAGAUCAAGGUUAGAUUAGAUACUUCCUGGAUAUAAUUGGACGGUUGCUCCAUAAAGAACAAAAGCAAUCAACAAGGUUUCCUUUUACAUUUCAAAACACUGAUCAUGGCUUUAUUUCGUUUUUUUCUAUCAGUGUGCAUGCUUUACAUCUCUCAUUUUUUGUAUCUUUGGUCUUAAGACUUGCUUUAUAUUCCAUAUUUUUCUUUGUAUAUUAUGUCCUGUCAUCUUCUCCACCUGAAACAAGGCGGCCAUGAUCAGGACGAGUUUUCAGGACAACAAAGGGACGUCAACUAGAAUAAAUGAUGCUCAGCAGGAGUUUACAUUCAACACUUUUGUUAUUGUGAUGAAUAAAAACAACAUAAUCUGUACUCUCGGACUGAACAUGGCCUUCUUCCUUCAGUAUUUCAUGACCUUGUAUUCAUGUUGACAGACUGUUGAUUGAGGGUGUAAUCUAUGUCACUUCCAGCUCUAACUUCCUUCAUUUUGUUUGCUGACUCCCUGUUCUUCUUUUGUUUGUUUUUUUUGCUCCUCUGUUUGCCAAGUUAGACUUUGCUGUAUUCCCAGAUGCUUAUCCUUGUAUAAUAUAUGAAAAAAAGAAAAUGAAAAGAAAAAAAAAAAAAUCAUUUGGCUUAUUUUUCACUGUAGUUAGUCUUUUAUACAAUAAUACUGUAAGAAUAUUUCUUGAAUUCUAAAUAUUACUCUUUCUAGAUUUUUGAAAGCAAAAGUUUUGAGUAAAAAGUUUCUUACUUUAUUUUACUAUAUUAGAUAGUAAAAUGUACGGUUAUUUACCAUAACUUGUCAAUUAUUACAAGAGAUUUACAAAUGGCAGAAGACAGCAGGACUGCAGCUCGUGGUUUCUUUAGUAGGUUCUUUAAAAGGCUUCGUACGAGCUGCAGAAAAUGAGACUUUCAUCUUCCUCUCCGCUGUUGGUUGGUCGACAAAAGAUUUGAUGUUGUGUCAAAUAAAAUCUGUUGAUCCGCAUUAAAAAAAAAGGCAAAGGAAAAAAAACAACUGUGGCAUCGAGAAUUUGAAUAUUUUCUGUCUUUUUCAACAGGAAAACAUGUAUAUAACAUUUAUGUUGCAAUAAAUGUGCCAUCUUUUUUUAAACUGGAUUGUAUGUGCAUUUAUUUCUCUCUGAGCAAAGAGGUUUCUUUGUUUUCCUCUCAGAUUUGACCUUUUCCCCAUCGCAUAAACAUUUGUUUUGUAAACCAACACGUGCAAAGAAAGAAUGACGGUCACCUCAGAAACAAGACUCUUCAUUUAGACUUUAUUAUUAGGUUUUCUUUUUGUUUGUUUGUUUGCUUUUGGAGACAUUUCUACAGUGGAUUUAGGCCAAAUGAGUGUUUUAUAGUAUGUAUCUUCUUUUUUUAAAUACUACCAGUGGACCAUUGUAGUCUGUAUGAAAAGUAAUAUGAAUAUAUAUGUUUCUAUUUUUAAUAAAGUGUGAUAGCAGCGUGA